AUGUCAGUUACAUCUGCAUUGCCGCUUUUGGCGUUAUUGAAGGAAUCUGACAACACUGUUAAGACUCAUGCAUUACAAUCAAUUAAAGACGUGGUAGAUCAACAGUGGUCCGAGAUAUCAAAUGAUAUUACCGAAAUAGAAGCAUUGUAUGAUGAUGUAUCCUUUCCUGAUCGUAGACUAGCAGCAAUUGUGGCCUCAAAAGUGUAUUAUAACCUUGGAGAAUAUCAACUAGCGGUUAAGUAUGCCCUAGCUGCAGGAGAGUAUUUGAAUAUCGAUGAACAGUCGCAAUAUGUCGAAACGAUUGUGUCACAGAGUAUCGAAAUGUAUAUUGAAUUUGCUUCUAGUAACUACGAAUCGGAACCUGUUGAAAUUGAUCCACAUUUGGUUUCUAUCUUUGAGAGAAUGUUGAAGAAGUGUGUUUCUUCAGGGGAGUAUAAACUUGCAUUGGGAAUCGCAUUAGAAAGUUACAGACUUGAUGUUGUUGAGAAGCUUCUCACUUCCCAGGACACCAGUACUAAUGCCCUCAAAUUGUGCUCUUACACAUUGGCUGUAUGUACCACUGCAUUAACCAAUACUCGCUUUAAAUUGAGCGUAUUGAAGAAGUUGUAUGAAAUUGUCAUGAACAUGCCUGCCCCAGACUACUUUAUUAUCUCAAAAAUUAUCGUACAGUUAAAUGAUAUCGAAUUUGCCAAGGAGCUCUUCUUCAAGUUAAAUUCAACUAAAUCAUAUGAUGUUUCCUACCAAAUCGCUUUUGACCUAGUAAACUCAGCCUCUCAGGGAUUAUUGAAGGAUCUUUCUAAUUCCUUGGACGCCAAUGUAUACGAUCCUAAGUUACUUGAAAUCCUUUCCGGUAUACCCACCUGCGAUUUGCAAAACACUUUUCUAUUUGAGAACAAAACCAUAGACAAGGCUCUUCUGAAUAAGAUGAAAUCAUCUUUGGAUGGUAAAUUCUCCUUAUUCCACACAGCUGUGAGUGUGUCCAAUGCUUUUAUGCACGCAGGGACUACGGAUGAUAGUUUUAUCAGACAAAAUUUACAAUGGUUAGGCAAAGCCCAAAACUGGGCCAAAUUUACCGCUACUGCUUCACUAGGUGUUAUUCACCAAGGCAACCUCUCAGAUGGAAGAAAGAUAAUGGAGCCUUAUUUGCCAGGAAAUGGUUCAAAAUCGAGGUAUAUCAAAGGUGGUUCAUUAUAUGGUCUAGGUUUAAUUUUUGCCGGCUACGGUAAGGAAUCAACUGACUACUUAAAAGAGCAAAUUCAAGCUAAUAGUUCUUCCGUUGGAGAAGAGGAUGUAGAUGUGUUGCUACAUGGUGCUUGUUUAGGUAUUGGGUUGUCAGGUAUGGGCUCGGACGAUGUGAAUGUUUGUGAGAUGUUGAAAGAAGUGUUAUAUGGAGACUCAGCUAAAUCUGGUGAUGCGGCUGCUUUGGCUAUUGGUUUAAUUUUACUAGGUUCAGGUAACCAAACUGUUAUUCAGGACUUGUUAACUUACGCAGAAGAGACUCAACACGGUAAUAUCACAAGAAGUUUAUCGAUUGCCUUAGCUCUCAUAAAUUACGGCAAAGAGGAACUAGCUGACGACUUGAUUGAUAAGUUACUAGCCAGUGAGAACGCCCUGUUACGCUAUGGUGGUGCCUACACAAUCGCCUUAGCCCAUGCAGGGACCGGAAAUAAUAAGGCUGUGAAAAAACUUCUUCACGUCGCAGUCUCGGACUCCGACGACGAUGUUAGAAGGGCAGCAGUCACUGCCCUAGGUUUCGUGUUAAUUCGUGAAUAUACUACCGUCCCAAGAAUCGUAGAACUUUUGUCAAAAUCACAUAACGCUCAUGUCCGUUGUGGUACUGCGUUCGCUUUGGGUGUAUCCUGCGCUGGUAGAGGCUUACAGGCAGCUGUGGAUGUAUUAGAACCUCUUUUGAAGGAUCCAGUUGAUUAUGUUCGUCAAGCUGCUAUGAUUGCCACUUCAAUGAUAUUGAUUCAGCAGACUGAAAAAACGAAUUCAAAGGUGAAGGAAGUUAAUGAACAGUUCAUGUCAGUAAUUGGAAACAAGCACCAGGAAGGACUAGCAAAGUUCGGUGCCUGUAUUGCCCAAGGUAUCAUGAACGCUGGUGGUAGGAAUGUAACCAUCGAAUUGGAGAACACCGAAAUGGGAACUUUGAACAGUAGAUCAAUAAUUGGUUUAAUGAUGUUCUCCCAAUUUUGGUACUGGUUCCCAUUGUCCCACUUUUUAUCGCUUUCGUUCACUCCAACUACCUUAGUGGGUUUGCGUGCUAGCGAUUUGGCAAUUCCUAAAUUUGCUUUCAAAUGUCAUACGAAGGAGGGAAUUUUCACCUAUCCUCGCAUGUACGAAGAAGAGGUGGACAAAAAUAUAGAAAAGUUUGCAGCUGCCGUCUUGUCAACUACCGCCAAGGCCAAGGCAAGAGCUAAGAAAGGUAAAAAAGGAGAACAUGAAAAGGUUAAAGAAAAGGAUGCAGAAAAAGUAAAUGAAGAAAAGCAAGAGGUGGAACUGGAGGAAAAAAAGAAGGAAGAGGCCAAGAAUACUGAAGAAGCUAAGAUCAAAUACACGACAACGAGCUAUGAUGUUGAAAACCUCACCCGUGUGCUUCCGCAGCAACUCAAAUUCAUAUCUUUUGCGAAAGAUAGCCGUUUUGUACCUGUUCGCAAAUUCAGAGGAAACUCAGGUGUCAUUAUCGUUGAGGAUAAGACACCUGAAGAACCACUAGAAUUAAUCAAGACCGUAAGACAAACAAAAGAUAUAUAUGCCCCAUUACCAUCUUCAUUUAAAGUCGAGGAUUCUCUUGAAUUUUAA